GUGAUACGGCUGUUUUUGAGCGCGACAUAAUACGGCCACCUGUCAUCUAGAACACGUCUGUUUUCCUCUACGUCCUACAUCGAAACGCUUUCUAUCGCGCACGGUAUGGCUGACUUGAGCCAUGCAAUAGGAAGAGACUUGAUACCAGUUGAGUUUCAAAAUCCUGACAACAGCACCAGUUUGUUUUUGAGUCCGUUGAAAGACGACAAUAUUCAUGAAAAGACAACGGCUUCCGAACCGACUUGCUUGACGGACGACGAUUUUCUGAACGAAAACACGUUUCGGGGCCCGUUCUCACAGUCGCAACUCGCGAGCAACAACGGCAGUGUGUCAAGCGAACUCAAGCGACAUUUUUUUAGCACCGCGCCGAGUACAGCAACUAACUCAAUGUUUCACGAUCUUUCUCCAGGCAGCUUGUGGACACCGCAAAGCCGAGACGAUAUCCAAUCUCAAACAAUGGCGAUUUCGUUCGCGGGAAACACACCGAACCAUUAUCACGCGCCGAAACCUAACAGAAUCCCAAACUCGAAUUAUCCCACUUCGAUGGCGCCUCAAGGAAAACGGAAUCUACCAGGAUACUCGUUUUUACCUAUAGGCGGCUCUACGAAACCUUCAACAGGAUGGAACGCUACGAACGGACAGCCAGUAUCAGGUUGGCAGCACUUUUCUGCCAAUCCAACUUGGCAGUUUCAUUCAAGUCCCAGUUACGGUAUGACAAACCAGGUCAGUGUGAUUGGACAAAGAAACGGUGUUGCUUUGAGUAACGGUCGCCCGUCAUUUCCUCCCUCAAGCAGACAUCCUCGCGGACAAAGGUCGAAUCUAAACGGACUUUAUUCAAGACCAGUUUGUACGGCAAAUUUAACACAAGGCUUGCAAGGGAUGAGUUUGUCCGAGCGGCCUAUUGAUGGAACAGUAGUUGGCGACUCUGGCAUCCUAGGAAUAUCUGGGAAUUUAACGGAAUUGUCCAACUCUCUAUAUAUGGUAAGAAUCGCUUUCAUUUUCAACAAAAAAAUAGAAAGACUUUACAAAGUUCUUUUCAAUCGUUGUGUUUGAGAAAUUGUCUGAACAUUUCUCUCAGGUGUUGUUAAAGGUCUUAUAUAGGCAUAUAGACAAAUGUUGACAAUAAAAAGCCUGUUCUUUACCGGUGUGUUAGGGAAUUUGACUGAUGCUGUAUACCUCAGUUCCCACUCAUGUAAGACAUGAAAAAUCUGUAAGGUUUUCCCAACAAAAUUUGACUUCUACGGUCACAGCAAGAUGACUCGAUUAUAAUCGAUUUUCAUUUUAAAUCAUUAUGUAAGAAACGUUUUAAACAGGAAAAAGGUUUUUUUUUAACAAAGAAUAAUUUGUAAGCUGAACAUAUAAAGUGCGCAAUUAAAAAUUUGAGGGACUCGUAUAUCUGUAUACGACAUUUCCAACAUCGUAUAUAGGAUAUAAAAUUCACAGCGAAAUAUUCUCAGUGUUCAACAUGGUUUAUAUUUUAGUUGUACGUUAGGCAACCGUUUUGAGCAUUUACAUUGCUGCUUUUUUAAACACAGUUGCAAACAUAAUGUGUACUACUAUAUAUAUAUAGUCUCCGUAUACGCGCGGAAAAUAAAACUGAUUCAGAAAUCAUUUUACAGCGAAAACAUGAGAAAAAAUACUACCAAAAAUAAAGCGUCUUGUAUGUUAGAAGACCUUAUCUCUAUACGAAUACGAAUAUACGACUACAUAAAAAUAGAGGAUUUUGUUGUAUAAUUUCAGCAAAUGGUUCUAAAAGUCUUAAAAAUGUCGACGAGAGAUUCUGAAUAUAGACACAGGAGCUCACAGAUAAAUGUUUAAAAUAAAUUCUGUCAUUUCAUUGAAAAUGUAGCCAAGAAUGGGUUAUAUCACAUCUUGAGUUUUAUGCUAUAAUAUAGGCAUAUUUAAUUUGUAAUAGAAAAAAAUAAUACGGCCUAACAGUAACAUGCAUUUUAACGAUUUCGUUCAAAAUGCAAUUAGUGUUUCGGGAAGACAAGCCUUGGGCAGAAAUAUUUAUCUGCAGAAUUGUAAUUAUGAGUUGAAGGAAAUAAAUAAUAUUCGCGUAGUUGUGUCGCUGGGAAAUAUCCCAGAGAAACAGCUGUCCUAAGAUAAAUAAUGGGUUCAGCUAGCUAUCUCUUUGUGUGAUCACAAAACGCGCGUGCCCACAUGCUCAAAAUACAACAAACGUGUGAAUUCGUUAACAUAAAUGAAUUUGUGUUCUUUUAGGAUAAAAACAAGCACCAUGGCCAUUCAAAGAUUUCAAAUUUAGAGAGCAGUCUAUUGGAUAUGAUAAAAUCACCGUCUGAUUGUUCAGACAAUUUAACGGGUAACAUAUAUAUAGAUACAAAAUUUCAGUAUAUUGAGCAAUAUACUUGGAUGUAUGAAAUUCUAAUGUAGGUCAUCCCUAGUCCCCCAAACACAAGAAGCGCGGCCAUGAUUUAUAACACUUCCAUAUAAAGACCAUAACAGAAGAGUGUUUCGAGUUUGACUCAACCAAACACGACGUUUUAGUUCUCCGGUUUCUCCUAUAACACUGGACCAUUAAAAAUUAUGACCCUUAGUGCAUGGUGGAGUGUUACUGCAGAAGUCCGGAGUACCAAGAGAAAUCCUGCAGUGUUUGGUUGAAUCAAACUGGAAGCGCUUUCCUUACAUGCGACAGAUGUGAAACUAUACCAAAACCCAACUUUUCAUAUGUGAAAUAAGCAUGAAGACAUAGAGACAGGAACUUUAAAAUUAAUCAUCAGUUUCAUUUGUAAUAAAACGUAAACCAAGCUUGAGGCACAGCAGUAUAUAGAGAUUAAGCAUUGUAGUCAUGGUAAAUGCUUUCCAAAACGUGGAAUAUUUUCGUGUGAAAGUGUUAAUUUUCGAAGCCUGUUUCCCAGUCGAUUUAUCUGAUAAAUCUUCUCCUGCAUGGGGUGAUAAAUUGCAGACUAGAACUAAUUUUAACAUUAGAAAGCUUUAACGUCAACGAGAAAUACUAUUUGUCUAAUUGUCUGCGUUUUAUUGCGGUAAAUAGACAGCCUGUGUUUUCAAGCAAAGCUUUCGUAUUCAUUUGACAACUUAGGAAAUUAAUUUUGAAUCUUUGUGUUCAUCUGUAUGCAAAUCAUUUAAAUAAUUAUUAUUCAUGAGCGGAAAUAUUGUCUAAAUUGACGUUGAAAUGCUUGCAUAUAGUACAUUGCAUCCUAUAUCGAACUUUUACUGUAUAAGAAACGAAAUUGAUGAAAGUUCGAUAUUGAACUGGAGUUGAUAUACUUUUUAUCAUAUAUUAUACUUUUUAUAUACCACCAAUUCAUCUCAAUAUCUUCAUAUUUUUUCAUUGGAAAAUAUACAUAUUCAGAAAAAAUCUGAAAUAUAAAAUUAGACUUGUUCGCUAUCACUACUCGACGACAAAGUAAAAUGCAAUCCCAGAGUACAACAAACGGAAACAUGUCUGAUGUGAUAUCUGGUUGAAAUGAACUCAUAAAUAUUAAAAUGCAAAAUUUUUUAAAACCCAAUGGUAUUGUACAAACUACUUGUACUUUCUUUCAUAAUCAUUAAAAAAAAAACUAAAACUUUUAGAAGAAAUUAAAAGCUGCAAAAGCUAGAAAAUUUUCGCUCAUUAAUAAUUGCCACUCACACAGGCUUUGGCUUUUGCUAGAAACGUCUUCACGCCCACACCAACGCAAACAAUUAAAUUCGGAAGAAAAAUAAACGAAAUUAUCAAAUAAUGCUUCCUCCAUCGCGUUUCACCUGCUUCCGAAAUAUAUUGAUCGAAGCGCCGUUCAUUUUAAUAUGUGUAUAAGCUAGCAAGUUACAGACGUGAUAUAUUUCACAGGAAGACGCCGAGAUUCCAGUGUACGAUAAAGGCUUCUCGCAUAAUUAAAAAGCGGAUCUACGACUAUAUUUUGCUUUAAACGAGUAAAAAUAAACUCUGAAAAGAAAUAACAGUGGUAUAAAGUUUCAAUAAAGAAAUAUUUUUCAUUUAGUUUGGCCGGUAGCUUUAAAACUACUUUCUUCUGAAGAAAGAAUUCUUCUUGAAAUUUUUCUUCUUCACAAAUGUUUUAACGUUUUUAUUUGGUUUAAAACCAUAUAAACAUGCCCUAGACUAUGGUUUAGUGGUGUUUUGUUUACAAAACCUGAGGAUUUUUAUUUAAAAAUAUGUUGGUUUUGUUGGGCGAAAAAGUUCAUGCCAUGUGUUUGCAGUGUGUAUGAUCAUGCUUCUGAUAAAUUUCUAUCUAAAAAUGAGAUCUUUUUGAAUAGUAAUUUAAAUUAGAGCCUCGCGGGUUUUAUGCAUAAUUCUAAAUUAUUUUGGCUUUUCAAUUCGUGAAUCUUGAUUGCAUAUCAUGGCAAUUUUAGACAACAAUUACUGAAUUAGUGUCAAGUCAUGUUUCUAAGGAAAACGCCUUUUUCUUUAAUGUGCACAGUGCAUGUAUGACCAAAGAAGAAUGUAUUAGCUUUCCUUAAAAAAACCAUUUACAGCAACAUUAAAAACAACGUCUAAUUAAAUUUGUUUGAAAACUGAGUUGAUUAAUGUGGAAGCAACUUGAACAGUCGUUCAUAAAUAGCAAAAAAAUCAAUGUUUGGGCUCGCGUUUUCAUUGUUUUUUGAGCAAAUACAUUACUAAAAUGAAUGAUGCUUCCAAACGGUUAAAGACAAUCUUUAUAUAACCGAUCAGUGCCCAGCCCUAGGAUUUCAUAUUGUUCGGAGAGUAUAUAUAAUAAUACUAGAAAGGAUUUUACUUACCCACAUUUAAUAUUUUUCUUUUUAGCAUUCCGGGCACAGCUACAAAAGAAGUCAUACAAUCAAGGUUAGUUCGCGGAUGAUAUAUGCAAAUGGUAAAUUCUGAAAAAGUAUCCUAUAGAAAAAAGUAUCGACUAUAAAACUUUGCGAAAUUCAAGAAUAAUCACUUUAGCACAUUGUAAGAUCACAUGUAAGAUCACACCUAAUGAAUAAGUUCUUAUGCAAAAUAUUGCAAACACUCGUGGUUGGCUUAUACAAGCGGAGGGGGUCAUGAAAAAAAGGGAACUGCCAGGAUUUGCCUAUUUCUUCACUAGGGAAAUAAAAUUUCAACCACGGGGAAUGGUAUUUUAAAUAUGAAAUGCUUUUCGUACUUACAUGUAUAAUGUAUUGACAUAUUGUUUUGUUCCAUAGAUCAGACAGUACCAUCUUUGGGUUCAUCUCUAAACACCUCUCCGAAAUCAGAUGAUUCACUGGAACGAUAUUCUAGGAAAGUUUUCGUUGGUGGUCUACCUCCCGACAUUGAUGAAGGUCAGUUACGAGAAAACUAGAAUAAUGAAUGGAAAAUAUGAUUAGAUAUAUUAUUGGGAAUUUGGACUGAAGGAAGGCUAGUUAGGAACAUGGUUGGGAGAAUAUAAGUCAGGAUGGACUAGUGAACGUUUUUGUAAGUUCUUUUUAAUUUUUAGUGAAAGCUAGGAUAAUAGUUUAACUAGGAAUUUCAUGGGAUGGAAUAGAGUAAGUAAAUGGUCAAGUAUAUAUGGAAUGGAACAGAAUGGUUAGAAAUUAUAGGACAGGAUAUGAAGGAUAUAGGAAGCCUCGUUAGGAAGAGAAUAUACAAAUGUGAGGAAUAAGAUAAAGGAUAAUUUGGGAUAAGAUAGGAAAAACUAGGAUGGGGUGAGAAACCAGAUGGUUACGUAAUAAGCGAAAAUCACAAAAUGAAAUGAGGAAACUUGUACAGUGUGGAAUAGAAAGAGGAAAUCAAACGACGUAGAAUAAAUAAUACACGAAAAGUAGAAUACAUCCCUACCUCAACGACAUAUUCUUCAGUGUCCACCAUUAAACACUGAACUGUAAAACUGAAUGAUAAAACUAUAUAAACAUAAGCCUCUUAUUAACUAUUCUCGGUAAAUGUAACAUGCAGAAUCAGCCCCAUAAAGAAACAUCGUAUUACUUGAGAUAUUAAUUCUAUAAUUUUUGCUUUGCGUAGUUGAAAUCCAUGCAAGUUUUUGCAAGUUUGGAAAUCUAACAGUCGACUGGCCUCACAAAGCUGAGAGUAAAUCGUACUUUCCUCCAAAAGGUGAGCAAGUAUUCAUAAAUCUAUGGUUUGACUACUUUUAAAUUUGGCAUGGAAUACCCUACACUCUUGUCUACAUUUUCUGCGCAAACCUAUAAGUAUAUACUUAACAGAAUGCGCUUUGUUUUUUUCAAGGUUAUGCGUUCUUGCUGUUCCUUGAAGAGAUUUCAGUGCAACGUCUUAUCGAAGCUUGCAUUGAACAGGAUCAAAAACUGUAUCUGUGCGUCUCAAGUCCAACAAUUAAAGAUAAACCGGUAUGUUUCACGUUUGAAAGCACCCUUUUAAACCAUUCAUUCAUAUACCAUAGCUUUAGCUCAGGCUUUGAACACAGCGGUAAAUAUUGCAUAUAGAAACACUAAGUAAUUGGGCUAAAUAUAAAAGACUUAUAUGAAAGACUUUUCAUUGGUGUAAACAGAUGCCCUUAAAAGAAAAAUUAUCUUACUUGGUCUUGCAGUAAGCAGGCGUGGCAGCGAUUGAUAUAGUGGUGUUUACCUCUCGGAUAAUAAGGGAUGUGCCCAAAUUUAGAUUCAUCAUCAACAGCUGUGAAUGCUACCAAAGAAAAUAUUUUGAACAAACUCAUCUUGUUCUUGUUAAGGUUCAAAUCCGUCCCUGGUGUUUAUCCGAUGCAGACUUUGUCAUGGAUGCUUCCCAAGUGUUAGAUCCACGGAAGACAAUAUUUGUCGGAGGUGUUCCCCGCCCUCUUCGAGCUGUGGAACUCGCCUUGAUUAUGGAUCGUCUGUAUGGAGGCGUGUGCUAUGCUGGUAUUGACGUUGAUCCCGAACUGAAAUACCCCAAAGGUAUAUUUCACGGAUGUAAAUUACUUGUUGGGAGCAGGGUGGGGUCAGACACUAAUUUGGUCUCUAAAGUUAGAAAAAUUCCAGACCUGGAUGCUUAAUGUUCCUCGAAUCCUAAAUUUGCUUUUUUCAAGUGUUCUUCAAAAGUGCACAAAAUAAAAAAUAUUUGAUUAUAUUUAGUAAAUUAUAUUUCUCCAUUGUGUGUUGCAAAAAUAAAGCAUUCUUGCUCGUUCCAUGAUUCCUAAACCACAAUAUAAAGUCUAUGUGAAAAUGUUCCUCAACCUUGCCGGAAAAUAUUCCGUAGUACUCAAGAUUCUGAGAUCACACUUUUUCCAGGAUUAGAUAGUUCCAUCAGUAACAACACCGUCUAAUGUGCAUACUUCAAAUUUGUCCGUGCUGAGAGUUUUCCCUCAAAUUAUUGCAGGUGCCGGACGAGUUGCAUUUUCCAACCAACAAAGUUACAUCGCAGCUAUCAGUGCACGUUUUGUUCAGCUUCAACACGGCGACAUUGACAAGAGGGUAAGGAUUUCUAAGACGUUUUUCGUGGAUAGCAUGAGUAGUUACGAACCAGACAUAGUACUACAGUGCGCAUGAAGGAAACUCUAUAUAGUGAUGUUACAUUGAGCUGCUCAGCUUCAGGGCUGAGUUAGAUUGAGCUGCUCUUUCAUUUCCUACAAGACAUCUGAAUCAAGGACACUUUUUUUUAUUUAAAAAUAUGCCACUUUGGCUUUGAAGAUUCACGAAGUUUACAAUGUACAUGUUUAAAAAUUUACGUUAAUAGUCCAAACUCAUGUUUCAAUUGAACACAGAAAUCAGAAUCUUUAAGAUUCUUAAAAGCAAUACCAUGAUGGAGUUUAAGCACUUAUGCUGAGUACAUAUCGUGUUUUCUACCAACAGGUCGAAGUAAAACCUUACGUCCUUGACGACCAAAUGUGUGAUGAAUGUCAUGGGGUGCGCUGUGGCGGAAAAUUCGCGCCAUUUUUCUGCGCCAACGUCACGUGCUUGCAGUAUUACUGUGAACAAUGUUGGUCGAUCAUUCACUCGAGGGCUGGACGCGAGUUUCAUAAACCGCUGGUCAAAGAGGGUGCAGACCGUCCACGAAGUUUGCCGUUCAGAUGGUGAGCGGGGAGUGGACACGAACGAAGAAAUUUUGAAGUAACAGGUUUUUAGAAAAACUGGAGGGGGUGUAAAUAUUGGAAAAAGGUGAAAAAAGGGGGGAUUAUAACGAGGUUCAGUUUUGUAGUUGCAUUUGUAAGCGGUCUCAUUCUCGCUCCAAGUAAUUGUAAACAAGACGCGCGCAACAGCAAAACGCUAUUGAACAUCACAACGCAGAAACGACUUGACAGUCCAGGUAUAUUUCAGUCUGUGGACCAUCGUUGAGCUACUUGAACAGGAAAACACCCUAUGAUUUGCCGAAGUCGAACUAUUUCGUGUUUAUGUUUAUUGCUGGGAUUUUUUGUUGUACUUUGUUGUGAAAAAUAUCUUUUAGAGAACAAGUUAUUUGAUGUUUGAAAGCGUUGAAGGUAAUUUCAGUUCAACUAUGAACAGCGCAAAUUUUUCCUUUACUUUCAAUAUACUUCAUCUUACAGGAAGUAUAAUGAGCCAAUUUAACUAAAUCCAGAAUAUUUCAUAUCAUGCAGAUUAAACGCUAUAAAGCAAUUACAAACGCUGACCUUGUUAAUAAUAAUUUCUUCGGAUGGGCCCUACCGUUUUUAGUAUUAUACUUUAUUUUUACUUUGAAAAAUUAUAUUCCUAACUUAAACUUUGUACUAAAACAUUUCCAUAUUUUACCAUUUUAAAUAUAUUUUAGAUUAAGACAAAGCGGUUCAAAUGUUGCAUGCAAAUACUAAUUAAUACGUCUGUAAUACAGACCGAAAGAUGUUUUCAGGAAUCUUUAAAAAUUCUAAGAAUUAGAUGCUCAGAAAUUCUAUGAAACUUUGAUCCAAAAGAUAAAGUUGUACGUUUCUAUUUGCCAUUUUUAAUAAGUACCGCGGAUUUUUAUGUUAUAAAUAGUUAUCUUAAAAAAUAAUAAAAAAAAUAUUGUGGCCAUGGGGACACAAACAAAAAAAGUUGGGGAGGGACGAAAAGCACACCAGUCGAAUUCAUUGCUGGUAAAGACAACUUGUAAAUUGUCAAAAUGUAUUUCUAAACGACGUGAAUAAUUGAUUUCGAAAAAGAGACUUAUAUUAGUUUAAUAUAUGAUAUAAUUUUAUUACCAAAAAAACAAAAACAUUAUAGACGAUAUUAUACUUUCAUUUUCUCUUAAAAGAAAGCACAGAUUCUCACUUUGGCUUGCAGCACUGGAACAUGUUUGAAAGCCUGUUUUAAAUUUAUUUAUUAGGAAACAUAGAUUUCCUUAUCAAUCUCAGUGAAUUUACUAGAACUUAUAAAAUAUUUUCGAUCACCUAAUUAUGAAAGUAUAUAAAUAGUACAUUUUAAUAUGAAUUUAUCCUUUUUCGAUUGAUUUACCAAAAUUCAUAUUUUAGCCAUAUUUUAUGCCAUAUAUAUUGUAAACUUUUCUAUAGAUUUUAUAAUUCACCAAUGACGAAGUCCCAGAGAUUUUAAAUGUCAUUUGCGGUGCUUUGCAAAUUUCACAUUCUGUUAUAAAUAGAUUUAGUAAAAAUUUUUUUGCACAAAUGAUUUCUAUAUAAAUAUCAGUUAAUUAGUGUAAUUUUAAUUGAUUGUAUAAUGAUAUAUUAAGCUUCGAUAUUUUCUCAAUAUUUGUUUUUGUGCUAAAAUACUUUCCUGUAACUGGACUUGUGUACAGUGUUAUCCAGAAAAGAAAGUGUAAAUUAUUUUUAAAUAUCUUUGUAAAUCUUGAGGUAUCUUUCUGUACGAUGUGCAACUGCAUGUCAUGCGAUGAAUUUUGUAAUUUGAAAACCAUGCAUUUAAUUACUGUAAGUGCCAGAAAAUGUCUAUAAAUUUCAAUCGACUCUGAAAACACUCUUAAAAUUUCCUUAUUAAUCUAGAAAUAACACCAUUUGGGCUAAUUUCAUAUUCAUAUAGUUACAUUUCCUGGUUAUCUAUACACCUAUAGCAUAGUCUGGUGAAUUUGAUCAGAAAGAUCUGUUCAAUUCACCAGACUGUACCGGGUGUCCCAAAACAAACUGGACAUGCACCGUUUGAUUUCAUGUAACGUAAAAGCUAUAAAAGCUAUCGCAAUGAAAUAAAGAUCAUUGCAUUCAGAAAGGACUAACGUAGAUUUUGAUAUGUAGCAUGUGAAUUUACAUGCAAUAUUGACUGCGCUAUUGAUGUUUGAACGUUGAACCGUUGUUUUUGAAGAUGACAAAUAUUAGCAUAAAACAACCUUAUAAUUACCUUAUAAUAAAUAUUUCUAUUUUGGUUGUUCAAGUGUUACAUAUCAAAAUCUAAAUUAGUCCUUUCUGAAUGAAAUGAUCGUUAUUUCGUUGCGAUAGCUUUUAUUUCUUUUACGUUACGUGAAAUCAAACAGUAUCCCCUUUUUCCCCACAUUUUUUUUGGACACCCGGUAGUAGGAAAUGAGAUAAAAUAACCAGGAAAUUUAUCCAGGAAUAUUAAGUUAACCCAAAUAGGGUUAUAUUUCUAGGUGAAAAAGGAAACUUUCAACCAGAGUGUUCUUAGAUCGUAUAUGUCACCAACAUCGAAUAUGUUUGCGGCACAACCUGGCAUGCAAAUUGGUGUACAUGCAUCCUCGGCCCCAGGGCCUCACGGCUGAUACCGCGUUGCCGUGAGGCCCUGGGACCGAGGAUGGUAUACAUGCAGCAUUAGCGUUACAGAAAGAACUUUAAUUUCGUUUAAUUCAAUUAAAGAUGAUGCUAGUCAUAUAGUUUAAAGAUAACUUCAUUUAGCCAAACCUGGUCGGUGUUCAGAACAUGUAAAAUAUUCUUUCAUUGUCGUUAAAAUAUUCUUGUUUAUAUCUUCACUCCAUGCCAUGUCUCUAGCUAAUUCACGAAUAUGUACUCGGGAUUGGUGGAAUUUAUCUUAGCUAAAUGAAUUUGUCUUUAAAAGUGUUUAUUGUUUAUGCAACGAAAAUUCAUGAAAAUCUGUUUCAAAAGUAUUCUGACAUGAUAUUUAUUGAUUUCUUACAUGUACUUCAUUGAUAUUCUCGUUUUAUAUGCAAAUGAAUGCAUGCUCAUUAUCGUCGUGCCACACAAACCUAAGAAUCUAAAUAACGAAACAAUUGCAACAAAGAGCACCUAUAUUAUCUACAUCUAAAUUAAUUGUUCUAUAUAUUCCAUUGUAUUUCGGCGAUUUUUGAAUUAUUCGUUGCAUAAGCAAAUUAGAGUUAUAGUAUAUAUAUAUUAAUAUAUUGUAUUGGAUUGUAUAUCUUGAUGUAAAUUAGUUUUCAGUUUAAUAUACAUUCUAUUUGUUUAAGAACUAUGAUUGUUUACUAUAAUUAUAUAUACGAACUAUUUAAAAUUGUUCAUUAAAUAAAAGUCUUAUUAUAGAAAUUAAGUGUCGCAUAUAUUUGGCUGUGAUUUGCACUAAAAAAAUCAUGAUACAUUCAGAUUUAUAUUCUUCUUGCUUAUUGGUUAUAUUUUCCCGCCACGUUCUCAUGUCCGGAAUUCAUGACGUCAUUUCCGUCCAGCAUAACUUCCUAUAUUUUCAAUUGUACUCGGUUUCAACCGAAACCAUAUUUACUUAAAUAUUUACACAAAGUCUCGUUUGUCAUAUCUGCGCCCUGAAACACUUAAUUAAUUAGGGCGCUAUGUUUAAAAAAGUGUUGUUUUUGUACAGAUAGAGCAGGGUCGGACUACGACUUUUCACGCAACAUAUACCGCGUAAACGUACAGUCAUUUCACUUGAAAAUCAGCGCAAGGCAACCUAUCUAAGCCUGGUUUAUACUAUGAAAGUUAGUUUGAUAAAAAUAUAGUUUAUUUGGGUAUAAAAUGUACUUCAAACAUUUUCACUACAAGGGAUUACAACAAUUUGAUGAAAGAAAAAUUUUGACAGUGUAAACCAGGCUUAACACAUACAAUUAGCCAUUCCGAAGUUGAUGAGUGGACUGGGCACGAGUGUUAAAAAGUGCCCAAAUUAAGAAAUGAACUAAAUCACUAAAAAGACCACCUCAAAAUUAGUAAGUAUACAAAGUUUGAAGACGUUUACAUGAAUACCCUUCGAAUAAUAAGCUUUCGAAAAUUAUGAAAUUACUGAUUAAAAGAUUGUUUUUGGCACGCGCG